GGCGGGGGGGACUGCCCGGAGAUGAGCGUGGGAGCCAUCAGGCUGGCCGUGGAGGUCUCGCACCCCCACCCUGGGUACCGCGUGUACGAGCGCAUCGCGGCCACCAGCUCCGGGCAGAUCUUCCACCUGGACAAGCAGCAGGUGACGGAGGUGCUGAAGUGGGUGGAAGAGGCCAUCCAGGCCUCCAAAGUCCACUUACUGUCCACGGACCACAAGGAUGGUGGGGAGCACACGUGGCCCGUCCCCUUUGACACCAGCCUGAAGGAGGUCACCAUCUCCCUGAGCGGUCCCGCCCCACGGAUCGAGGUCCGGGACCCGGCAGGGAAGGUCCUGGAGAAAGGCCAAGGGCUGAAGGAGCUGCUCAGCAUCCCCAACUCAGCCAUGGUGGUGGCCAUGGAGCCGCACAAACCAGGGAUGUGGUCAGUCACGCCAGACCUGGACACCCCCCAGCCCAGGGAGCGGCUGGUGCAGGGUCUGCCCAUCUCCGUGGUGGUGAACUGCACGGGUCUGACGCCUCCUGGGCACUUGCAGGAGAUCGAGCUGUCCAACGCCUCCGGCCAUGCCCUGCUCUCGCUGCCCGCACGGCCCCUCGCCAACACCUCCUCGGGGCAGCUCUGGGUGGGCUCGCUGCUCCACGUCCCCCCAGGUGACUUUCUGCUGAAGGUGAAGGGUGAAGAUGCCCAGGGCCACCCCCUGCACCGCCUCUCAGGGGUCACCUACACCAGCGUGCUCCCCGGUCUACCCAAAGUGAACAUGUCCAGCAAGAUCCAGGCGUACAGCCGCGAGCCGCAGCUCAUCUCCUGCUCGGCGCAGAGCGAGGUCCCGUUCCGCCUGCAACUCAGCCGGGGCAGGACGAAGGGUUGGGGGAACAUCAGUUGGUCCAUCCCUGCGGUGUCCAAGAGCGACGAAGGGUUUUACGAGUGCACAGCCACCAGCAGGGUUGGGGUGACACGGGCUCGCGCUCACGUCACCGUCACAGAGCCACCGCCACGUCUCAUAGCCCCAGUCAACAUCACAGCUUCACCGGGCCAGGACGUGGUCCUGUCCUGCCUGGUGCUGAGCACCGUGCCCUACAACCUGACCUGGAGCUGGGACGGGAGGGCGGCGCAAUGGGGGAACAGCCGGACCCGGCUGCUGCAGAACCACUCGCUGGAGAUCAGCAAUGUGCAGCCGGGGGACGGGGGAAACAGCCCCCACGGCCCCUCCCCCGCCUCCCUCUGGCUCUUCAUCCAGGGGUUUUCAUGGAUGCUCAGGGACGGCCACACAGGGGCUGCCAUCCCAGAGGAGGCGGGGAAUUACACCUGCCACGCCAGCAGCGCGCUGGGCUGGGACGAAAAAUUCAUCACCCUGGAGUUCACCGAGCCUCCCGCCAUCCUGGCGCUGACGCCGAGCCUGAAGGCGCUGGUGGGAGAAGACGUGGCCCUGGAGUGCUGGGUUUCGGGGGUGCCCCCACCUCACGUUGCGUGGUACAAAGGUGAGCAGGCGGUGGCGGCGUUCCCCCCUGGCACCCAGCGCGCGGUGCUGCGGCUGCAGGCGGUGCAGGAGGAGUAUGCGGGGCUGUACGUCUGCGAGGCUCUCGGCGAGGCUGGAGUCGCCUUUGACAACACCGUGCUGGACGUGGGCUCUGCCCCCCACUUUCCCGAGCCCCUGGGGGACGUGGCGGUCGAGGUUGGGGAGAGUGUGACCCUGCUGUGCCGUGUCGAGGGCUCUGCCCCGCUGCGGAUUGACUGGUCCCGGCAGGACAGGAAGCCUGUGAUGGGUUGGCACGAGCUGCAUGGUGUUUCUGGACAGCUGGAGGCUGCUGAGCUCCGCAUUGACAGCACCUCGCUGGAUGACCAAGCCGUCUACAUCUGCGAAGCCCAGAAUGAGUUUGGGAAAAUCCAAGCGGAGGUCAAGCUGGCAGUCGCUGGACACGCAGCCCCAGAAAUAGCUCUGGCACCCCCAGUGCUCCGUGUGCUCGCGGGCCAGCCCGUGUCACUGCCCUGCGUGAUCCUGGCUGGGACACCGUUCCCAGCUCGCCGCUGGCUAAAGGAUGGGCAACCGGUAGCCCCGAGUGGCCGCUACUCCGUCCGGGCUGACGGGAGCCUGCAUGUGGAGCAGGCAUUGCAGGAGGACGCAGGGACAUUCACCUGUGAGGUGACCAAUGCCCUCGGCUCACAAUCUCUGGUUGUCCGUGUUCCUCCCAGCAUUGAGCUUGGCCCUGUCCUCAUCACCGCCACCGAGGGAGUGGCUGUCACUCUGCAGUGCAAUGCCACCGGUGUGCCCCCACCUACUGUCACCUGGGCAAAGCCCAGGAUCAGCGUGAACGGAUCGCAGGCGGCAGACCCCGUAACCGUCCUGGCUGUGCGUGGGCAGGAGACCACCCUGCCCUGCGAGGUCCAGGGCCAUCCCCCUCCCUUGGUGGUGUGGACCCAGGAGUCCCGGCCGCUGCCUCUUGCCUCUGACAGGUAGGGAGUUUGUGGGUACAGCAUCCUCCCUUCGGGGUCCCUCCGGCUGGCCAAGCCCCAGGUGACAGACACUGGCCUUUACACCUGCACAGCCACCAACGCCGUGGGGAGUGCCUCGCUCAGCUACAGCCUGCGAGUCCAAGUUCCCCCCAAGUUGCUGAUCGGUGAUGGGGAAAGCCACCUGACGGCUGUCGCCAACGACUCCCUGAGGAUCCGCUGUCGUGCCACUGGCAUCCCCGCACCCCAGAUCCAGUGGCUGAAGGACGGGCACCCGCUGGGCAAACGGGACAGUGUGGUGGUGUCCAAGGAUGGAGGGACUCUGCUGAUCACUCGUGUGGAGCUUGUCCACGAAGGGCUCUAUGUCUGCCAGGGCAGCAACCAGGCAGGGGUGGCCCAGGCAGAGGUGCAGGUUUCGGUGCAAGUGCCUCCCAACAUCGAACCCAGCGCUGUGGACCUGGCCGUCCUGGAGAACAGCACGGUGUCCCUGGAGUGCCUGGCCUCAGGGCUGCCUGCUCCUGACAUCGCGUGGUACAAGGGGCAUGAGAAGCUCUCGGCUGGGAUGCAGCGAACCCUGUCGAGGGAUGGGAAGCACCUGGAGAUCCAGCAUGCCCAGCUCUCCGAUGCUGGCAGCUACCGCUGUGUGGCCUCCAACGUGGCUGGUGUCACCGAGCGGUGGUACAGCCUGCGGGUGACUGUGCCCCCGCGGAUCACAGCUGCACCCAGCCCCAUCAGGGUGGUGACAAAUGAGUCGGUGACACUGGAGUGCAAUGCCACAGGGACCCCAGCUCCAGUGCUGCUGUGGCUGAAGGAUGGCAACCCCGUGCCCAGCACGGUGGCGGGUGGCCCCCAGAUCCUCGCCGGUGGGCGCACACUGUCCCUGCCUGCCGCCCGCCUCCAGGACUCGGGGACAUACGUGUGUGUAGCCAGCAGUGCCGUGGGGGAGGACAGGUGGGAGGCCACCCUCGAGGUGCGGUUGCCUCUCAAUGCCCUGGGCGAGGAGGAGAACGUCUCUGUCAUUGUCAACCAGCCGGUGACCCUGGAGUGCCCAGCCCUGGGGGUCCUCCCUCGGGGGUCCCGCUGGCUGAAGGAUGGGAAAUCGCUCAUACCAAAGCUGGGUGUGCAGCUGUCUGCAGAGGGGACCGUGCUCCAGAUCGGGCGAGCCACCGUGCAGGAUGCGGGCAGGUACACGUGCCAGGCGCCCGGCCACCCGGAGAAACACUACAACCUGGACGUGUGGGUGCCUCCAUCCUUCUCCUCGGCAGAGCCCGCCGCCGUGUCCGUGCUGGAGGGACAGCCCAUCAGGCUGGCCUGCGAGUGCCGCGGGGUCCCCUUCCCCACCCUGAGCUGGCAGAAGGAUGGUAGGGCUGCUGUCCCCGUCCCUGGCAGGGGGCCUGGGAGCCCGCAGCUGGUGUCCGCGGGAGGGACGGUGCUGUACAUGGAGAAGGCUCGGCUGGCGGACAAGGGGACAUACACCUGCGAGUGAAGGACCGCCGCCGGCAGCAGCAGCAAGGAGCAUCGUCUGGAGGUGCAUGCACUGCCGAGGAUCCAGGGCAGCAGCAAAGCCCCAAGGAAGGUUUCUGUCAUCAAGGGCGGAGAGACUGUUUUGGACUGUGAGACCUUGGGGACACCAUCGCCCGCAGUGACAUGGAUGAAGGAUGGGCAGCCAGUGGCCGGUGGGGACGGGCUUCUGCUUACGGAGCAGGGAAGGCGGCUGCGCAUCCCCAAGGCGGAGGUGGCCCACGUGGGACACUAUACGUGCCUGGUGACAAACGCAGCAGGGCAGGAACAGAGAGAGUUUGACGUCACGGUGUAUGUUCCUCCUGAGUUCGUUCAAGGAUCAAGCUCAACAACCAACGUCAGCGUGUCUCUGCAUGGAGCCCUGACGCUGACCUGUGAGGCCACUGGCGUUCCCCUGCCCACGGUCACCUGGUCCCGGGGUGGCUCUCCUGUCAUCCCCAGCGAGAACACACGCGUGCUUUCAGGGGGCUGGGUGCUGAGGCUCACCCGUGCACGAGCCCAGGAUGGUGGCCACUAUUCCUGCCUGGCCAGCAAUGCAGCUGGGGAGGCCAGGAGGCAUUUCCACGUGGAGGUCCUAGUUCCUCCCUACAUUGAGAAUGCAGAUGAAGAAGAGACCAUCAAAGUGCCCGAGGGUCAGCCUGUCACCUGGUCCUGCCUGGCUGCAGGCAACCCCCAGCCUCAGGUCACCUGGCUGAAGGACAGCCACCCUCUGCCUGGCAGGGACACCUUCUCCAUCUCCCCCAAUGGCUCCAUGCUCCAUGUCCCCCGAGCCGCCCUGUCCGAUGCUGGCCGCUACUCCUGCGUGGCCUCCAGCUCCAUGGGGAACCAAACCAAGCACUACCUGCUCGAUGUUUUGGCCAGUCCUACCUUUGCUGGAGACGCUCAUGAUGCUGCUGCAGAGGAAGUCACAGUGAUCGUCAACAACCCCAUCUCCCUGAUCUGUGAGGCUCUGGCAUACUCGUCUCCCAACGUCACCUGGCUCAAGGAUGAGGUUCCCCUCAAAGCAUCUGGAAAUGUCCACCUGCUCCCUGGUGGCCAUGGGCUGCAGAUCCUGAAUGCCCAGGAAGAGGACGCGGGCACAUACAGCUGCAUCGUGGCUAAUGAAGCUGGGGAGGCCAUGAAGAAUUACGCCGUGAAGGUCUUGGUUCCUCCGUGGAUUGCCAGAGACGACCCCUUGGGGGAAUUUGCCAUGAAAGAGGUGAAAACCAGGGUCAACAGCACCGUGACACUGGAGUGCGAGACCUGGGCUGUGCCCGAGCCAACCAUCCAGUGGUACAAGGACAAGCAGCCCCUGGAAAGCUCUGGCCACCUCCAGAUCCUCAGCGAGGGGCAGGUCCUUCAGAUCCAACCAGCCGGUGUCUCUGAUUCGGGACACUACACCUGCGUGGCCAGCAAUGCUGUGGGCGAGGACGACAGGGACUUCAUCGUGCAUGUCCAAGUGCCACCCCUCUUCCAGCAGCAAACAAGCCCUAAUGAAGUCCUCGAGCUCUUCUACCAGGAGGAAGAUUGGGAUGGGGAGGUGACGGAGCACCGGCAGGCUGUCCUCGGCCAGUCCACUGCGCUCUACUGUGACACCAACGCCAUCCCACCACCCCGGCUCACCUGGUACAAGGAUGGGGAGCCCCUCUCCCCUGGCCCGGGGGUGCUGAUGCUGCUAGGGGGCCGGGUGCUGCAGCUGCCCGUGGUCCGGGAGCAGGAUGCGGGCAGGUACACCUGUGAGGCGGCCAACGCAGCGGGACAGGACCGGCUGCACUAUGAGCUGGAGGUGCUGGCUGCCCCAGCCAUCCACGGUGACACAGAAGACCUGGACGAGGAGGUGACGGCCACUGUCAAUGACACUGUUAGCUUCAAAUGUGAAGCCACUGGGCACCCAGUGCCCGUGGUGUCCUGGUUCUGGAAUGAUGUCCCCGUUGCGCUCAGCCCACGGCAUCAGCUCCUGGAAGAUGGCACCAUCCUGCAGGUGGCCGCGGUGGAGGCAGGUGACACUGGCAGCUACACAUGCGUGGCCGAGAACAUGGCCGGGUCAGCUGAGAAGCAUUUUUCCCUCGCCGUGCAGGAAGCUCCCCAGAUCUUGGGUGCAGACCCUGAAAAUAUCGACGGCAUCAUCAAUGGCAGCGUCUCGCUGGUGUGCGACGUCCGAUCCCACCCUGCGGCGGAGAUCGCCUGGUACAAGGAUGGGCACGUCCUGCAGCUUGGCGAGGAGGUGACUGUCACCCCAGGCGCACGGGUGCUGCAGCUCCCUCGCCUGCAGCUUUCCAGCUCAGGCACGUACACGUGCGUGGCGCUGAAUGCAGCCGGCCAGGACGAGAAGAGCUUCAUCCUCACCGUGCACGCCCUCGUCCUGAGCUGCCCCAUCCCUGACGUGCCCGUGCCCUCCAUCACCUGGCUGAAGGAUGGGAUCCCUCUGGAGAACAGCCCGGAGCAGGGCCUGGUGUCCGUGGGGGGCCAGCUCCAGCUCAGCCCCCUGCAGCCCUCCCACCGGGGCCGGUACAGCUGCCUGGCGCGGGGCGCGGGCAUCACAGCGCGCAAGGACUUCGUGGUGCUGGUGCGAGUGGCACCCCGGAUCACCAACGCAGGGUACCCCAGUGAGCACAGCGUGCUGGAGGGCAAAGGGGUGAGGCUGGAGUGCCGGGCGGAGGGGCAGCCCACCCCCCACAUCUCCUGGCUGAAGGAUGGGCAGCCCCUGGGGGUGCAGCCCCCUUCACACUCCCGGAUGUUCUGGGAUGGCAGCUCCCUGCUCCUCGAGGGGCUCCGAGCUGCCGAUGCGGGGGCAUACACGUGUCUGGCCCGAAACAACGCGGGUGAAGAUGCACGGCUGCACACGCUGAGCGUGCUGGUGCCCCCCACUAUUGAGAGAGGCACCGAUGACUCGGAGGUGGUCCGUGGUGUCCUGUCUGCGGCGGUGACGCUGGAGUGCCAGGCGCGGGGGAUCUCCCCGGCACAGGUCUCCGAUGCUGGGCUCUACACCUGCAUUGUCUCCAGCCGGGCAGGGGUGGCCGAUCGCAGCUUCGUCCUGCAGAUACGGGUGCCCCCCGUCCUGGAGAGCCCUGAGAGCAGCGAGGAGCAGAUGGUGACCAAGGGCUCCAAUGUCACCUUCGCCUGUGAAGCCACUGGGUCCCCUGCACCGAUGGUGACCUGGUGGAAGGACGGGGAGCCCCUGGGGCAGCAGAGUGACCGGGCGCCUGGUAGCCCAUGGCUGAGCCUGGUGGCCGUGGGACCAGCCGACGCGGGGGUGUACUCCUGCCUGGCAUCGAACGAGGUGGGGGAGGCCAGCAAAGCCUUCCACCUCCUGGUGACGGAGCCUCCCCGCGUCGAGGCUGCGUCCCACCCCACUGAGAUGUCCAUCGCUGUGGGCACCCCGCUGGAGCUGACGUGUGUGGUGACGGGUGUCCCCGUGCCCACUGUCACCUGGGAGAAGGAUGGACAGCUGCUGGCGGGACCCUGGCUCCCGCUGGGGAAUGAGAGCACCCUCCACAUCGAGAGCACCAAGGUGGCUGACGGUGGCUUGUACACCUGCCUGGCUGCCAGCCCUGCUG